CACCUCUCCGCACUUUCCCGUCCCUCGGCAUCCCCAUGGCCGCCCCCCGGCCGGCGCACGGCUGCGGCAGCGGAGCGCUGCUGGGGCGCUUCGGGGUGCUGCUGCAGGCGCUGCUGGCUCUCUGCGCCUUCAGCACCCUCAUGCUGAAACGAUUUAAGGAGCCAAAGGCAGAGCGGCGUCCCUGGAGGAUAUGGUUCUAUGAUACCUCCAAGCAAGCCAUAGGUGCCCUCUUCAUCCACUUUGCCAAUGUUUUUCUGUCUGAUCUCACUGAGGAGGACCCUUGCUCUCUCUACCUUAUUAAUUUCAUCCUGGAUGCCACGCUGGGGAUGCUGCUGAUCUGGCUGGGUGUGAAAGUUGUCUCCUGGAUUGUUCAGCACAAAAAAUACACAUACCUGGUCUUUGGGGAGUAUGGUGACCCUCCACAAGCUGCUGCCUGGAUUGGCCAGUGUAUCCUCUACUUGCUGAUAAUGGUUUUCGAGAAGACUGUGAUUAGCCUUGUCCUGCUUAUCCCUGGUUGGACAAAGCUUCAGCAGAUCCUCCUGGGUUACAUCCCAAGCCCUCAGCUGGAGCUGGUCCUGGUGAUGUUUGUUGUGCCUUUCAUAGUCAAUGCCAUUAUGUUCUGGGUUGUGGACAGCUUGAUCAUGAGGAAAUACAAGCAGAAGGAUGCCCUAGACAUCAAUGGAUCCACAGAAACCCCUCGGGCCAGGAGGACUGAGGAAUCUCAGGUAUUGCUCUCUCCAGACAUGGAUUUUGAUCAGUCUGAAAGCGACCAGGACAUUCCAGGGCUCUGGGGAACCAGCCAGAAGAUGAAGCAGCCCAGCUACCAAGUGGUCAUCUGACAGCAGCAGGACAAGGAGUGGAGGAAGGAGCAGCACUGUGAUCCUUGAGCUGGCCAAGGAAGGGCAGGGUGGGGAAAAAUGGGUGUCCCUUGUGGAUCUGCAGAGAUCCUUUUGCCUGCCUCAUCUUGGAUUUAUCCUGCAAUUGUGGAUGCUGUCUGUGCAUCCUGGACAGGCUUGAGCAGUAUCUGCUUUACCUGUUUCCCCCACACGCAGGCACGUUGAGGUUGGGGAUACAGGGAUGGAUUUUCCCUGGCUGGACAACUGGGUGUGACUUUUUUCCUUUUGUCAGGGCUAGAGACUGAAAUGAAAAUAUUGUCUGGUUUUUUAAUAGAAAAAGAAAGAAAAAAAAAAGGCUCUAUUCUGUAGUACCUGAACUGUGACACUUUUAUAUGCACAAUGCUCAAAAGAAUUGGUUUGCAAUAUGUAUUUAAAUGUCUUGAAUUGGGAAGCUUGUCCCAGUGGAUCUGAUUCUUUUUACUGUUUUAUAAGGAAUCCAAUAAAUCUUUGAGCUAAAA